AUGGAGCCUACAUUGAUUGGAGAAAUCAAAGCACGCCAAUGGGAAGAUAAACUCUUGAAGAAAAGGUACGAGGAACAAGGGAACACGCCUGAUCCUGAUUUUAUGAUGAGCAAUGAGAUACUGAAAUUUCGAAAUCGAAUUUGCAUACCCGACAUCCCGGAACUCAAGAAGAAGAUACUGGAGGAAGCUCAUAACUCAAGAUUUGCAGUUCACCCUGGCAACACAAAGAUGUAUCAUGAUCUGAAGGAACAUUACUGGUGGACCGGAAUGAAAAGAGAUAUAGCAAACCAUGUUUCUAAAUGUCUGCAUUGUCAGAAGGUUAAAGCAGAACAUAAGAGACCGCGGAUUCGCACUGCUCAGAGCCACCAAAAAAGUUAUGCGGAUACUCGGAGACAAGACUUGGAAUUUCAAGUAGGAGAUCAUGUGUUUCUCAAAAUCUCACCAACAAGAGGAGUGAUCCGAUUCGGACAGCGCGGAAAGCUAAAUCCAAGUUACAUCGGCCCAUUUGAGAUACUGGAAAGAAUUGGUCCUGUAGCCUAUCGCCUUGCACUACCUCCUGAGUUAUCUAAAAUCCACAACGUGUUUCACGUAUCAAUGCUCCAACGAUAUCUCCGAGAUCCAGAACAUGUCAUCGACUAUGAGAACUUGGAAGUGCGAGAAGAUCUCUCUUACGAAGAACAACUAGUGCAGAUUCUCGAUCGUCGUAAUCAAGUUCUCCGAAACAAGACCAUACCGCUGAUUCGUCCUCCCAUCGGUGCUUCGGAUUCAAUGGACGUUUAUCUCCCAGGAUACAACGAUUAA